AUGGAGUUCAUUGACGAAGCCGUCCAAUCCUUCCUCCGUCAGGAUGGAAAGCCCCUACCUCGCAUCACCCUUGGUGCCGUGAAUCGAGAUGGAACCCUACACUACGCAAAGUGUUUUGGUGGGGAUCAGGGAGAAGGUGGCAGAGCUGACGAUGUGCACUGGAUUGCAUCCGCAACAAAAUUUAUCACAAGCAUCGCGGUCAUGCAAUGCGUCGAAAAGGGGCUGUUGGACUUGGAUGCAGACAUCUCUGCCAUUCUACCCGAGUGGAAAGACCCCAAAAUCUUGACUGGAUUCAAUGAGAAGAACGAACCCCAGUUCCGACCAGCAAAACGCCCUCUUACUCUUCGACUCCUCUUGACCCAUUCAUCUGGGAUGGCUUAUACCUUUAUGAAUCCGCUUUCGAUACGCUACCAAGAGCUGGAGGGUGAGCGACCUCUGUUCCUGCAGACCAUCCGGGAGUCAUUCCAUAAGUUUUUGGUGUUUGAGCCCGGAGAACAGUGGAUGUAUAGUCCUGGACUUGAAUGGGCCGGGCUGAUGAACAACAACCAGGUCGAGCAAGUGACGGGUCUCAAACUGGGUAAAUAUAUGGAGAAGAACAUGUUUGAACCAGUUGGAGCCAGGGACGUUACUUUUCACCUGAACGAGAGAGAGGACCUCCGCACUCGAAAGGUGAAGCUGUGGGAACGAGAUGAUCACCGACUCAGAGAGGUCACUGACUUCUGGAUGCCUGACCCUAUCAUAGACGACAUUGGAGGUGGUGGAAUAUACACAACUGUCCCUGAUCUUCUCAAGAUCUACCUCGGACUGCUCCGGCCCGAGACUCUGGAGCUGAUGUUCAAGCCAAACCUUGAGAGCCGCAAGGGCUUGGAUAAUCAAGAUGACCAUGCUCUAGCGAAUCGCAACGCAAUUUAUAACGCUGUUCCUAGCAAUAUCCCUGUUGACUACGGGCUUAGCGGUCUGCUUAACACGAUCGAUUUGCCCGGUGGCCGCAGUCAGUAUUCUCUGUCCUGGUCCGGUCUCCCCAAUUGCUACUGGUGGGUCGACAUGAAAAAGGGAAUUGCUGGUGUGUACCUGUCCCAGCUUCUCCCCACCGGCGACCAAAGGGCUGUCGACCUUCUGGCUGAGUUCGAGCGGGCCGUCUAUACCAGUCUAGAAUGA